ACGGAAAGCCUGCUUUCAUUUCUUAAAGGAAUACGUAUAGAUUCUUCCGGGCCCAAUGGGAUCCGUACAGCGACGAAGAAAUUCCACCAUCGACACGGCAGCUAUCAGCGGAGAGUUGAUCCCGGCCAACAUGUCGACAAGCAAGCCAGAGCUCAGACAGGUGCCGCAGGAAGAUUUGUGGCCGUCGACCCUCUCACCGAUCCGAUUUCUCCCUCCAUGUUGGGGCAAGAAGCCACAAGACGCUGACGACUGCUUACCUGAAAAUGCGGCAGUCACAGGAGAGUCGGAUCAAAAGAAUACACUCUCUCCAGGGCAAACCACGUCGAAUAAUCAUGAUACCGUGCCGCCAAAACCAUGGUAUCAGAAUGCCUAUUCUUUGCCAGUUGCAGAGAGCGGUCCCAAAGACCCAACAUGGAACCCACAGAGUUACCUUGUGCCUUCAGACCAGUUGGCUCCCCCUGUGUCUCAGUCUCAAGAAUUUUACGAGAGGUUAUCUUUGCCGAUUCAUUCGAGCCCUAUGGCCAACGAGCCAGAUUCGAAUACGUUUGCAGACUCGCUGGGUCUGCUGACUGAAAAUGCUGAUUCUAAUACCAGAAAAAGACCUCGGUUGGCAGAGCAGCAACAGCUUACGCUCAACACCAACGUUCUCACUCCGUUUUCAUUCUCUCCUUAUUCGUUUUCAAGCAACACGCCAUCCAUCGAUUUUAACUUCUCCGCUUACUCGGAUGCCCCAUCGUCUUGCUCCAGUUUCACUCCGCAGAGCUCAGUCUAUUUUUCUUCCACUCCUUUAUCGCCCAUGCCUUCUCCCAGGCGACAUUCCGAUGUAGUCCGAUUUGGCCCCCGGCCAAAACGGACGUCAUCUCCCCGUCCAAGGCCCCAGUCGAGCCCGUAUUCUCUAGAUGUUGGUCGUAGAAGAAUGUCAGGCGGUUCCAGCGCUUCUUUCUCUCCCUACGUUCCUUCUCCUCUUGUUGGCCGAAAGCCGGGCAACUCUUCAUCAUAUGGGUCUCCACAGAUGCGAGGAGGCCCCUUUUUCCCCUCGCCGAUGGUGCAAGGGCCCCUCCAGUCUGGAAAUCUAUUCGUCAAUUCCGGAUUCCCUGGUCUUGAUCAAUAUGGCCAUCGCUUCGCCGUUCCUGAGCCGAUCGCAUCGCAGAGGAUACCACGGACGUUACGCAGCGACGUCGACCCCGAUCAGACGUACUUUGAGGAUUAUUCUGGGCUUUCAGACCCUCCUGAUCUAUUGGGUCCGCUGAAAGACACGCCUCUGUCCCCUCCGCCAGAAGACAUGAUGCCAUCGGACCCGACUAUGGUUCCCCACGAACAGGACUUGCGGUUUGAGAAUGACCUAUAUACUCCAAAGUGGGUUCGUGGCCAUGGAAACAAGCGUGAGGGAUGGUGUGGCAUCUGCAAGCCAGGUCGCUGGCUUGUAUUGAAGAACUCGGCAUUCUGGUACGAUAAAAGCUUUACGCAUGGCAUCAGUGCCGUUACCGGACAAGCGUUCGCGGCGCCGAAGGAAAUAAGGAGGACGGAGGGAAGUGCAAACAUCUGGGAAGGCCUGUGUGGGAACUGUGGCCAGUGGGUGGGACUUGUGACUAGCAAGAAAAAGGGGACGACCUGGUUUCGACAUGCAUACAAGUGCCAUAACCACUAUAAACCGGAUGACUCGCAUAAAAGGCCACGGGAUAAUGAAGAACCCCGUGGUAUUUCUACUGUGGAAGCAUAUUCCAAGUCUCCCCAGUGUGUAGCAACAUCGAAGCCGGAGUCUGUAGCUCUCGGGUACGUCAACAAGGAGUCUUUAAAUGGGCCGCAGGGUUUGUCUUCGAUACAAUCAAUGCUUUCCAUCAUUUGA